UACAUCGGAUGUAGUCCAAGACCGUGCGCCAACAUGAAGAUUAACGAAAAAAAUUUGUACGUGUUCGCCAAGACGCCGCCCUACGACAUGGAAGGCUUCCUUAACAAGCGGGGCGAGGUCAACAAGGCCUUUCAGCGGCGCUACUUUGUUCUGAAGGGUAACCUCCUGUUCUAUUUCGAGUCGCGGAUGGAUAAGGAGCCCCUCGGUCUGAUCAUUGUCGAGGGUUGCACCAUUGAAUUGUCCAACGAAGUGGAGCACUAUUGCUUCGAGAUCGCCUUCAACGGCAAUCGCACGUACAUUCUCUCCGCUGAAAACCAGGAGAGCAUGGAGGCGUGGAUGAAGGCUCUUACCUGCGCUGGCUACGAGUACAAACGGAUUGUCGUGGCUGAGCUCCAGCGACAGCUCCUCGAAAUCGAACAGUCCAAAAACAAAAUGCUUAGCCACUCAAAAGUUGGCGCUCAAAAUCAAAUGGAGGGAUCCAAACCUAUGCCUCCGCCAAGAAGGAAUCCCUUCAAUAGGCCAGCUCCCCCGUUACCGGAUAUGCCAUUUAGCAAUGUACACUUUGGAUCCAGCACAGCGAGAUCGCAGCAGGAAAAGACCUCCAUCCUCAACAAAGAUGCCAACGGAAACGGUACUCCGCAUGGUACGCCCAAAGCAACACGGCGCCCUCCGCCUGCCCACCAUGGUACCAGCAUCUUUUAUCCGGAACCAAGUGAUCCGGUAACCUCAGUAUUACCUCGAGUUCCACGCCGUACCAAAUGCUCUGAGCAACAACGAAAGCGGACACUGGAGGAGUUCAUCCGGAUCCAUGAACGCUUCCGGCAGGAACUUAUGCCCGAUGUGACUGAUUAUCGAGAGCGCCAAGUCCAGCCCCUUAUAAGGUUUUAAAAAAUCAGCCAAUUCAAAAUUAUUCUAAAUCAACAUAAAAGUUCUUUAAAUAAAAUGUAUUAUUUCAAAA